AUGGCCUGGACCACAGGCAAAGUUGCCCUCCCCGAGCUGACCGAAGCCCCCAACGACCUUGACGACAAAGCGCGCCAGCUCGCGAACCUCAUCCGACAGAGCAAGCACUUCAUCGUGUUUACAGGAGCAGGCAUCUCUACAUCAGCGGGCAUCCCCGAUUUCCGCGGACCCGAGGGCGCAUGGACACUGCAGGCGCAGGGCAGACAGCGGACGACGGCGGCGACGAGUUCCCUCCAGGCCAUCCCUACUGCGACACAUAUGGCGCUGGUGGCGCUGCAGGAUGGUGGGUUGUUGAAGUAUGUGGUUAGUCAGAAUUGUGAUGGGUUGCAUCGGAGGAGUGGGAUACUUCCGGACAAAAUCUCCGAACUCCACGGCAACAACAACCGCGAAAUCUGCAAAGACUGCGGCAAAGAAUACCUCCGCGACUUCCGCGCCGUAGCAGACAACACCUCCUCCAUUCUCGACCACCGCACCGGCCGGCGCUGCGCCCGCCCCAACUGCGGCGGUCCCUUACACGACACCAUCAUCAACUUCACCGAGUCGCUGCCUGAGCGCGAUCUUUCCUUAGCCCGUGGCCACGCUGACCGCGCGGAUCUGUGUCUUGUGCUCGGCUCGUCGCUGACGGUGACGCCGGCGAAUGAGAUUCCUGAGGCUGUGGGGAGACGGGCGGGGAGGGGUGGGAGUGGGAGUACGACGGGGCCGACUUUGGCGAUCUGUAAUUUGCAAGAGACGCCGCUGGAUGAGAUGUCCGGGUUGAGGGUUCAUGCGAAGACGGAUGAUUUGAUGGUGCGGGUGAUGAGGGAAUUGGAGAUGGAGAUUCCGGAGUUUAUCUUACGGCGGAGGUUGGCAGUGUUUGUUGAGGCGACGGCUGGGCAGGGACGGGGGAGGGGUCGUAAGCUGGUUGUGGCUGGGGUCGAUGUGGAUGGGACGCCGAUGUCGUUUUUGAGGACGGUUAAGUUGGCGGGUAGUAGGCGGGUGUUGAAGGCGGAGCCGUUUGCGUUUGACCUGCGAGGAGAUGCUGCGGAGGGCGCGUUGGAGGUUCAGUUGGAGUUGGAGUUCAUGGGGCAUUAUGGGGAGCCGAACUUGGGGAUUACUCAUGUCGUUGAAGAGGGGAAUUCGGCGGUUGAGGCGAUUUAUGUGUUGGAAUACAAUCCUGGUAACGGGGAGUGGAAAUAUAGCAGAUCAUAG